GGUCCCCAGAAAUUGGAAAUGUUGCGUACGUUGUCGCUAGCUGCGAGACUGCUUACAAAGGCCCCCGUCGCGGGCAUCAUCAGGAUUCCAACGUCUCGUUCUGGGCAGCCUGUCGGAGUGCUGUGGAAAGGUUACGCAAAUCUUCCAUCCAGCAAAGCGGAACCUGCAAACGAUGCUACCACCGUCGACGGACCACCACAGCCCCCCAAACCGAUCGAUGAGGUGAAACGAAGGAAAGUGAUAGAACUGGAGCUCGAGGUGAUGCGCCAAGAGGGCAGAAAGGUGCCGUCACUGUCCACUAUCAAGCCGCAGCAGUGGGAUCAUCUUCUGACCCUUUCGUCAAGAAAUCAACGACGCCAGUACUAUCUGUAUCUCUGGAACAUCGAGAUCGUACGAUUGAAUGCCAAGGUGAAAAAGGAACGCAAGCAGCUCGAAAUUGCGAAGCGUCGCGAGGAGCUACAGAAGGCGACCGCGGAGAACGAUCACAUCGUUUACGGUCUGUUUCACAAUACCAUGUUCCUGCGGAUAUAUGACUCCAAAGUGGACCACUUUCACAACAACCGGCUCGUUCAAGCGAUGCAGUUCGGUAUCAAUCUGGUGAUCGACUGUUCGUACGAUGAUUACAUGAACGACAAGGAAAUGCGCAAUACGGCCAAACAGCUGAUGCUGUCCUUCGCCGUGAACCGUGCCCAUCCAGAACCGUUCAACGUGCACCAUUGCAAUGCAAACUUUAGGAAAACGACGAUGCACGCACUCGAGAAGCACCUGGGGCAGAUGCAUCAACCGGAGUUUCCGUUCAACGUAACCGAGCAGAGCUACAUGGAGAUGUUUCCCAAAGAGCGGCUAGUGUAUUUGACGCCACACUGCAAAACCGAUCUCGAAGAGUUCAACCCGGACGAUAUCUAUAUCGUUGGGGCGAUGGUGGACAAAACGUCACAGGAAGCAGUUUCGUUGGGGAAAGCCAAAAAGCUCGGCCUUCGGAUGGCACGUCUUCCGCUUGACCGGUACUUUCAGUUCAAGAGCGGCAAAUCGCUUACGAUCGAUCAGAUGAUGCAGAUCAUGCUCGAGCUAAAGAUGAGCAAUAAUUUUGAGCGUGCAUUGCGACACGUCCCACGGCGGAAGGUGAUUGAACUGGACGAGGAGAAGGCUCUGCAAGAGCAGAAACAGAAACAAAGACAUCAGGCCAGCAAGUUCAAGUUCAACAUGAAACGUCCCACAAAUGAGCACUGGAACAGUGGCAAACGGAAGAUUAGAUAAACCUUUUGUAUGUGUGUUCUAGCACACUACGGCAGUCGGAUUGUAUUUGUAGUUCUUUUGUUUUGCCCGUAAGAUAGUGUACAAUCUCUGGAAAAGGAAUAGCUCUUUCGAUUGUUGAAAGAGUUUAGUUGCGUCUUCUUCGCGUUCGACUGAUACGCCAAGCGUGCGGUUCUUCAUACUUGUUGUACAGCGGCUCCAGCCGUUGGUUCUUCUUGAACUUGCUUAGUUUCGUGGGAUCGGAGAACCGGAAGAAGGCCGGUGCAAACUCGACCAGCCACUUCGGAUCAAUUGUCGUUACCUCGCGCAUAUAUUCCUUUGUCGUU